AACAAUGCGAUAGUUCUUAUUUGAAAACAUAUACGACGAAAAUAUUGUAAUGAAAUGGGAGUUUACGAAAUACCUCUAGUGUCGUCUAAUCUCCGGCCGCAAGAAAUGAUCACACAAAUGGCCGACACUUUGGAAUUCUUGGUUCAAGUUUCAAAUGAAAUCUUUGCCCGAGUAACAUCUAGAAUUAUGGAGAGCCGAACGAGAAUCAACAAUAUUCACCAAAGAGUAGAGCUUGCACAGUCUAAAAUUGAUGGAUUGAAAGGCAGCCGCAAAGCAACAAAAGUAUUUUCAAGCUCCAGAUUUCCAGGAAAUUUUCAUGCCAACAGCAAAAGCAUUUUCCAUGGGACUAGUCUGAAGUUGAAUAGAACUACAGUUGACAACAAUCAUACAGAAAUUAUGGUCGAUGGUGACAUGAUAUUUUAUCCAGUACAUCAACAGAAUGGAACACGACAACAAAUAUUAGCACCUCCUGGUUCAGCAUCAGAGCUAUUGAUUUUUAACACAGAAGAUCUUGCCUUUCAAGGACGGUCAUUGUCUGAUAAAUGUUCCAAAUCUACCUUACGAAGGAAACAUGACUCGGAAAUGUCUACAGACACUUCACUUGGUGACGCCCCAUGGUCCAUUAGCCAAAGAGAUCAGCUUGAACGGAGCAACCCUUUGAAUUUUUCAUACAUUCCAGGACUCGGAGAUGUUCCAGAACUGGAUCUCCCUUUGGCGCUUCCAGAUUUACCCGGUGUUGCGGAUGACUUGGCCUAUAACGAGGAUGUUGGUCCGGGUAUCGCUCCCUCGCUAAUUGCGGCCCUUCCCGACUUAUCUCAAUUAACUGAAAACAGCAAAACAACAAACCAUUCUCCUCUUCCUCCUCCACCCCCACCAUUCAUACCUGUUCCUCUUCCAUCAACGAAUUCUCCCUCUCCUGCAGCUCUUACGCCAGCUCCACCCCCUCCGCCACCUCCACCACCACCUCCCGUAAACCUGCCUUCACUCCCAUCGGUUCCAUCUCCUCCUGCCCCGUCGUUGCCUGCAAUCAUUGCAUCUAGUAGCGCUACAACGCCGAGCACGCCUUCGGUGCCAUUGGCAGAUCGCUCCAACUUGAUGGCGGCGAUUCGCGAAGCGGGUGGAGCGAGCAAGUUAAAAUCAUCUGCUCGUGUUAAGCAUACUCAGGCUGUUAAAGAGCAACAACAGCAAAACAGCAGCAGUAAACCAUCAGCUGCCGCAUCCCGCCAAGCUCCUGCAGGAGAUCUGAUGGUAGAUCUUUUUAACAAGCUUUCUAUGCGACGAAAGGGCAUUUCUGGUCAAAAUCAAGAAACAGCAGGGCCGAUGGAACGAAUUUCAGCCAUGAUUCCACCACCGCCACCUCCAGCAGCCGCGAACGUCUCGAGCUCAGAUGAAGUUGAAGAUUGGAAAUGAUAUAUUUUGUUGUUGUUGUUGUUGUUUUGGUUGUGGUUACAAAGAAAUACAAUCUCAAGCCAUGUUUCUCAAAUGACAUAAAAAUGAAUAGGUAAAUAUAGAAAUCGUAAAUUUCAUACAA